AAACCAUUCGGUUUCUCAAGGGGGAGUGGAAAACAAAGUCCACUUGUGUGGUUUACAGAUUUUUCCAGAUACCAUUCUUCGCCACUGGUUGUGUCCGCACUGAGUUGUUCUAUUGACAGAUUCUGAGCGCUAUUGUUGGUAAAAGUAGGCCAAGACGUGGAAUUUUGUAACAGACUUUGAACGAUGGAUUUGUUUUCGAGUUUGAAGAGCUUCUUCAGAAGCAGCUCAACAUUAGUGGACAACUGGGCUUUCACUCUUCAUUGCAAGGUCACCGCUGGCAUGCUGAUAGCAUUCAGCAUCCUCGUGACCGGCAAGCAGUAUUUCGGGGACCCCAUCGACUGCAUAUCCAGGGAUGACAUUCCGACAAAGUUGCUGAACACUUUUUGUUGGAUACAUACAACUUUCAGCUUACCAGAUGCAUGGGAAAAGAAAGUUGGUGAUGAAGUACCCUAUCCUGGAGUAGACAAAUAUACACCUGGUGAGAAACGAGUGUACCAUGCCUAUUAUCAGUGGGUCUGUUUUUUCCUGUUCCUGCAGGGCAUCAUGUUUUAUAUCCCAAAAUAUUUCUGGAAGGCAAUGGAAGGAGGGCGUAUCAAAAAUUUGAUCCUGGGGCUCGAUUCUCCCAUUGUGUCUGAAGAGGCUAAGGUGAAAAACAGGAUGCUGAUUGUGCAAUAUUUCUUAUCCACAAUUCGUCAAAAUGGCAUGUAUUUCUAUUGCUUCGUAGCAGCCGAAAUCAUGAAUUUUGUUAAUGUUGUUGGACAGAUAUUCCUCGUGGAUAUUUUCUUAGGUGGAGAGUUUUCUACUUAUGGUAUAAAUGUCAUUGGGUUUAGCGAGUGGGAGCCUGAGGUUCGUUAUGACCCUAUGAUCAAAGUCUUUCCUAGAAUCACCAAGUGCACUUUCCACCGCUACGGUUCUUCAGGUGAUGUCCAGCGUCACGACUCCAUGUGCCUUUUGCCCAUCAACAACGUCAACGAGAAAAUUUUCAUCUUUUUAUGGUUCUGGUUUGUCAUUCUCGCAAUCAUCUCUGGUUUGGCCCUGAUUUAUCGCUUUGCUACCAUCAAGUGCAAAACCGUCCGAUUUUUUUCAACAAAAUCUCGCACCUCCCUGUGCGAUCCCGAUAAUCUGGAAAUUGUUGUCAAGAAAUUCGCACUAGGCGACUGGCUUCUACUUGACUUAUUGGCUAAGAAUGUGGAUUCUCAAAAUUUCAGGGAUAUUGUCAAUGAUUUGGCGAAAGAGUUAGACGGGAGCAUGUUUGAAAGAAAGAAUGGUUUUCCUACCGCUACUUUUUAGAAUAUGAAAUUCCGUAUGCUCACAGUAUUUACUUAAUUUUAUCAUAUAGAGAGUUGACACAGUCAUUUUGAUUGUUUUCAUUUUUUGCAGUUUCUGUCAGUUGAAUCAUAUUAGUCCUGCUCUGUGAAAAGUAGUAGUACUUUAUAGCAUUUGUGCAAUUCUGCAUUAUGAAUAGGAGUCCGAAGAAAAUUUUAGUCUAUCAACUCUAAUAUGGAUACUAAACUUAUUGAAAAUUAAGUGAAUUAAAUGAAAACCUAUCAAAAUUUUUUCUUAACUUUAAGUCAGAAAUUUCAUUGAAAUAAUUUUAUUAAUCAUUCAGUAAAAGCUCAAAUUAAUUUCGGAAGUGUAAAAUGUUAUCUAAAUAAUAUUAUUUUACUAUGAGAGAUUAAAUUUUAAUUUUAUAGUUUUAAUAUGUAAAGUAGUGUGAGUAUCAGGUUUCAAAUAAUUUUCAAUCUCGUAAUUAUUCUACUUAUAGUUGAAAAUUGCAUACAUGUCAUUUUCAAUCUUAAUGUCUAGCUUAAUUAAUGAUUUGUAUUUAAUUAUUUAAGUGCCAGUACCUACUUUUAUUGCAAUUUGUAACAGCAACUGAAAUUGCUAGAAAAAGUUUCAUUUUUAGCCUAACAAUUUGUAUUGAGGAUAUUGAUCGUCAUUCGAGGAUUCGAGUCAUUAUUUAAGUAGCAUGCUUUUUCUGUCAUAUCCUUUUUCAUACCUUUGUGAACAAAUGAAUAUGAUUGGUGCUUUAAUUAUUUUCUUGAUUAGUUUUCGAGAAUCGUAUGAAUCAGUUUCUCUUGGAGGACAAGAAUAUGAGGCAAAUUUCUUUAUACAGUGAUGUCAUCCACUUUUUAAGUAAAUAAUCAAGUCAAAUUUCCUCACAUAAAAAAAUGCUUUUGCAGUUUGCCUUAUUUAAGAAUUCUUGAUUUUUGCAGAAGCCUAAAUAUUAAUUUCAUUUCUUCCAAACUAGAUUUCAUUAUUUUAAAACUUUAAAAUUGGAAGAAAUUUGAAAAACUGAAACUAUUGUUAUAUAGAUCUACAGCUAACUGAAUUUUUAAAAAAGACAGGAAUAAAUAUAUUGUUAUAAAAAUUUAUUAAUUUGCAAACUAUCAAUUGAAAUUAAUUUUAUACAAUCAGGAUGGUUUACUUAGUUAAAAAAAAUGACCUAUAAAUUUGUAUUGUAUUUUGUAUCUGUAUUAUUAUUUUUUUAAAUUGUAUUUUUGUGUGCAUUUUUAGUUGAAUCAAUAUAUUUCUGCUAUAAGAAUAUCGAUUAUAUGUUUAAAUUUAUAUACAUAUCAAUUCACGUUGUGAAAAUAAACUAAAAUAUAAUUUAAAUAAUAAUAGUAGCUAUUUGAGUAUUCAUUUGUAGAAUGUCAAUUUCAUAAUCCAAAAAUAUUUUUAUAUUAAUCGCAUUGAAGGUAAUUAAAUCUCGAUUUUAAGCUUAAAUGUCUGGACCCCGUCCAUACAGAAUUCUGGGUCUGCAGUGAGAAAUCUCUGUGAUAGUUUUAUAAUCAUGUUUUAAAUAAGAAAAGUGCAUUCAUUUCAUGAAUAGUUUUGAUACAUUUAUAUGUUUGUUUCUACAGCGUUUAUAUGUGUAGGGUAUCUAUCUAUUGCAAAAAUGUCUCGAAUUUAAAUUAUAGUCAAGAAUGUAAGGAAAUUCAAUUCUGUUGUGGUUAUUUAUCUUCCAUACCAAAGAAAAGAUAUUGUUUUUUUUUCUUUUUCUUUUUUUUUUCUUUUGACGGAUCUUUAAUGGGAAGGAUUAAAAAUGACCAAUUGAUUUAAAAAUGAGAUUGUUAUAAGAAUCAGCUGAAAGAAGUAGCAUUAAAACACAGGACGCAAAGAUUUUUUUUUUCAGACAUUACUUUUCUGAAAUAAGAUUUUCUCGCAAUUUUUAAAACUAUUUAGAAGAUUUCAUUAAGUUCAAUAGGGUUUUAAAAAUAGGCUAAAAAAUAAAAAUAAAUAUUUUUAUUUACCUUUUACUCCCCCACCGUUGUA